AUGGCACCUGCUGGCAGGGCUGUUGUUGUGCUAGCGCUCUCGUUGCUGUACUUAUGCGGCACUAUCAUUUCCACCGAAUAUUUUUCCACGCUCGCGUUCCUUAACGGGGAGUUUAACGAGCGCGGCUGCGGACCGUCGUCCGAGUGGGAGGAGUAUUCUCCGGACUGCGAUCCCAACGUUCUCCAGCUGGAGGAUCCGGACUGCGAGGACGGCAGCAGCGCGGCCUGUGAGUCGGUCUUCUCUCUGAACGCAGAGAAGAUUCUGAGCCAGGCUAGGCUGUUUGUGGAGCAGCGCCGCUUUCCGUUCCCCGUCGAUGACCACAACACCAACGAGGAGCUCGCCAUAGGAUACGUCCUCAUCGGCAACGGGCUCUACGAUGAAGCCAUCAAACACUUCUCCCUGUUACUGCAGGGCGAUCCAGAGCUGGUCAGUGCCAUAUACGGGAGAGGGAUAGCCUACGGCAAAAAGAGCUUGCAGGACAUAAAGAAUGCUGACUUGGCUCUGUAUGAGCUAAGCAGAGUGAUCACACUGGAGCCCAACAGGCCAGAGGUGUACGAACAGAGAGCGGAGAUUCUCUCUCCUCUUGGACGGAUUAGUGAAGCUCUGAGCGAUCUCACUAAAGCCAUCCAGCUGCAGCCUUCAGCACGACUUUACCGCCACCGAGGAACCCUCCUCUUUAUUUCAGAGGACUACGUCGCUGCUAUGGAGGACUUCCAGCAGUCCCUGGAGCUGAAGAGGAACCAGCCGAUUGCCAUGCUCUAUAAAGGCCUCACCUUCUUCCACAGGGGCCUGCUUAAGGAGGCCAUUGAGACAUUCAAAGAAGCGCUGAAGUUGAAGUCAGACUUCAUCGAUGCACACAAAAGCCUGGCUCAGGCAUACAGGGAGUUGGGUGAUUUUGACAGCGCCAUGGAAAGUUUCCAGAAAGCUCUGCUCCUGAAUCAGAAUCAUCUUCAGUCCCUGCAGCUCCGAGGGAUGAUGCUGUAUCAUCACGGCAGCCUGCAGGACGCCAUCGGCAACUUCAAGAGAUGCCUGCAGCAGGAGCCGUAUAACGAGGUGUGUCAGUACAUGAAGGGUCUGAGUCACGUGGCCAUGGGACAGUUCUACGAAGGCAUCAAGGCUCAGACUAAAGUCAUGCUCAAUGAUCCACUGCUGGGCCAGAAAGCCAGCUCGGAAUAUCUCAAAGUCAAAUACCUCAGAGAAUACUCUCGAUAUUUGCACUCUCACCUGGACAUCCCUGUGGCAGAAUACAACGUGGAUCAGGAUCUUCCAGGGAACUUUAAGAACCACUGGGCUAAAAAUCUGCCCUUCCUCAUAGAGGACUAUGAAGAGCAGCCUGGACUGCAGCCGCACAUAAAGGAUGUUCUACCUCAGGAUUUUGACAGUUACUCUCCGGAGGUGCAGAAGCUGAUCUGUACGGCGGAUCAUCUCGGCACGCUCAUGCAGUACAACACGUCAGGGUUCCUGUCCAACCAGCGCAUCCAAAGAGCCAUGGGUCUGGCCACCAUCGAGGUGAUGCAGGCGAUGCAGCGGACGUGGAGUAACUCGAAAGUGCGCGUCAACGGCAAAACCAGGCAGCUCCAGUGGAGAGACAUGUUCGACAUCGCUGUUAAAUGGAGGAGGAUUGCUGAUCCAGAUCAGCCUGUGCUGUGGUUGGAUCAGAUGCCAGAACGGAGCCUGAGCAGAGGAUUUAAUAACCACAUCAACCUCAUCAGGGGCCAGAUCAUCAACAUCAGAUAUAUGGAAUACUUUGGCAGCAUCCUCGACUUCAUCAAAGACAGAAUAUUAGUGUAUCACGGCGCGUAUAAUCCACGAGGAGUGCAGGAAGUGAAACAGGCUCUGGAGAACGUCAACAAAGUGGAGGACCUGCUGCCUAUAAUGAAGCAGUUCAACAGUAAAACGAGAGACGGGUUCACGGUGAACUCGAAGGUGCCGAGUAUGAAGGAUCCUGGGACCGAGUACGACGGCUUCACAAUAACCAUUACAGGAGACCGUGUGGGAAACAUGCUGUUUUCAGUGGAGACUCAGACCACAGAGGAGAGGACACAGCAGUACCAGUCCGAGAUCGAGGCUCUUUAUAAAGACCUGACGGCUAAAGGCAAAGCACUCAUGCUGUCCUCUGAGCUAGGGGAUUCGGAUGCGGUGUGUAACCUCGUCCUCUCUCUGGUGUAUUAUUUCUGUAACCUCAUGCCCCUGUCCCGAGGCUCCAGCAUCGUGGCCUACUCCGUGGUGAUGGGAGCUCUGAUGGCGAGCGGGAAAGAAGUCGUAGGCAGAAUUCCAGCUGGGAAGCUGGUGGAUUUCGAAGCCAUGACCACUCCGAGCCCCGAUCGCUUCACCAAAACGGCCAAAAGCUGGAUGAACUUGAAGAGCCUGCCCAGUUGGUACCAGAACCUUCCGUCUGUAGCCGAGACGUUCCAGUUCGCCAGAACCAUGAUCGAGGUCCUGAACACCGACUCGUCCUCGCACUGUCCCAAAAGAUCUUAAAGGCCGUCUCUGUCCUUUCUGCUCGUUCUCUCAUUUCUCUUCUCGGUCUUCCAUUAUAAAGAUCUGUAUCAGAGUCUUAAUUAACCCCUGAAAAAGGUAAACCCCGCCCCUCCCCCUGCCCCCUCCCCCGUUUGCGCACAUCAGCCUCUCCUCAUAAAAGGGCUCAAUUAUUAGCUGAUGAUUUUCAGGAAAAAUACACAACUGUGCAGAACAUGGUGUGUUCAGAAGCAGGAUUAUUGAAAUACUUGAUUACUAAUGAGGAAUUGAAGUGAAGCCUUGGAAGUAAAUACGUUUUUUUUUUUUUUUUUUUUUUUUUUUGGGUGCUCCGGGUGUUCGAGUGACACUCGACAUCAUCACUGACUUCGUAUUACUGUGAACUUGAAGGAAGAAUUCUAUAUGUUCGUUGAAAUGCAGCUCAUUCCCUGUGUUUUAGUUCGAAAUGUUUGGAUUUACCGCUUAAAGCGUUUUAUUGACUUUUAAGGUUUAACUUUAUUCUUUUUCAUAUCAGGGUCUUUGAUUACUGAUUUAAAGAGCGGGGCUUUCAGGACAUUUUAGUGUCUAGGAAUUAAACUUGAAGUAUCGAUAUAUGAGGCUUCUAAGAGCAGCGGUGGAAAUGAAUAAACGUCUUGAGUUUAUGCAAAUAUGACUGAAUUUUUCUUUAAUUGUAAUGCAUUUUAGAUGCAAAGCCUUAAAUCGCUGAUUUAAAGGAAAAUGCAUCAGCAGGAUCUAACAAAUACAAUGUUUACACUCGGAAACACCUAAAAUCUUUUCGCAAGAGCAGGUUACAUUAAUCUCUGCUACUGAUCCAGUACGAUCAUCUGUUUUUCCUGAAAUUUAUAAAUCAAUUUGCUUAAUAAUAAAGGUGUAAGGCACUGACAGCUGAAAAAAGUGCUUGGAUUAAACCCAAAAACAUCCUAUACAAGGUAUAAUAAUAGAAAUUCUGACUCUUUUUAAGUGAAUCAAAUCAUUUGACUCACCAAUAAGAGUCGAUUCGUUCAGAUCCCAAAUGGCUCAUUGAUCAGUGAUUGAUCUUCUAAUGGCUGAAAUUGUUUCAUAAAAUUUUAUUCUAUCCUUUAAUAUACAAAGUAACAUUACAAAGUAGCAUCUUAAAUAGGCGAGUCGACUCUCAAGAAGAGUCGAUUCGAUAGCAAACGACACAUCACUAGUGCUGUGUGUGUAGGAGCCCUGAUUUGUUGAUUCUCUGUGCUUGAAAAUGAACUGAAUGUUCGACAGUGGAUUUUUUUUCCCCGCAUUAUCUCAAGGAAAAAGCCAGAAACUCCAACUGAUUCUACUCAGACAUUUGGGAUGACUUCUGAGACGAGACUAUGUACAGUAAAUUUUUCCUCCUCCUCCUCCUCCACCUUUACUGCCAGCUCCAGUAGCAAACACGUCUGGGAAUUUAUUUUUAAUUCACUAAAAGGACAUGCGCAUAUGCACUACAUGCAGCACGUCAUCCACACAUACUCGUUUAUAUUCCACGUGAAAGUCUAGCAUAAUGUGUGUGUGUGUGUCAUAUUUCCACCAGCACAAAUGGAGAAACAAAACCACCGGCUGGAAAACAGGCUUCAGGAAAAACACUGCUGCAGUCUGUGUGUUAAAUCCGUGUGUUAUUCGUGGAAUUAUUUUUAUCAUUUAAUUCCAGUGAUUUCAUCUUGACCUUGCAGUCCUCCCAUUUAUUUGUUCAUUGUUUCCAUAGUUUGCGGCAUUCUUAAGCAAGGCCAAGAGGAAUUUCUUCUCCAUUCUCUGGAGAACUCAGCUGCCUUCACUUUCCUCCAGCCUCCCUCAUUCGUCUCUCUCGUUCAGUCAAGUGCUUCAUUCCUCUUACACGACAUCAGUUGUACCAGAAGUAACAGUCUGUAUUUAUUAAAGACGUUUUUAUCCAUGUUUAGCUACUUUUAAUGGUGUGGAACAAGUUCCACUUAUCACUGAUGUUAUAGCAGCUGUAGUAGUUAGUUACAGUCAUUCCUUCACCACGUUCUCUUUUUUCUUUUA